CGUGAAGGUUGCAUUCGCUAUUGCACAACACGUGCUGCUUUCUCUGCGAGGAGGCAGGGCAAGAAGAUUAGACGCUUUCUAGCUUGUGGAUAUGGCGUACGAGCGGGCUGGAGGGAGCGCAUCGGAGGAUAGCUCAACUGUACUUAAAGUGGCGGGCGCCGCAUGGUCCGGGGAGAUCGUCGUUCAGCUGGACACGUGGACGGUCCGAGAACUGCGAACGGAAAUUGCGCGGCGAUCUGGGCUCCAUCCCGAUGCCAUCAGCAUGAUUUGCGCGGGGCGUCGUCUGACGGACGAUGGGCCCUCAGGAGAUGCAACCCUCCGAAGCAAGGGCGUCCACGGUAGGUCGAGGGUUUUGAUUAUGAGAAAAGAGGGGGCGCACAAAACGGAGAUUGAUCAAGAGGCGGAGCGAAGCGCGCGGCUGUCGCGGUUGAAGGCAGCGGCAGAUGCAAUCGCUCAGCGGACAGGGAAUCCCUUCUCGGGUGAAGGUUACGAGUUCGACCUGGAAGAUCAGUCAGGAAGGAAGCUGGUGUUGUCUGAUGGUGAUCGCCGGGCACUGGCGAUGGGGUUGAUGUUCCAUGCAAAGGGGCGAGGGCUUGUGGAGAGGAAGGAAUACAGAGAAGCAACAGAAGUCCUGUCAAUGGCGGAGGAUGAUCCUGCCUCUGAACCAGGAUAUACUCUAGUCUCAGCCCUGCUGUACACAUGUAGCAGAGGUGAGGAACGCCUGUGCAUUCCCCAGGACCGCAAGCUUAGGACACUUCUGAUGUCAGAGUGGCAUGAUGCUCGUGGUCACUUUGGCGCCCUCAAAUCUUAUGCAGCCCUGUUGCAGCGCUUCUUCUGGAAGGAGAUGAGGAGUGACAUGCUGCCUAUCCCAGAUGCACCUGCACAGUCAGUAUCGAUUGAUUUUACUGACUUUGGUAGGACCACGCCUUGUGGUAUGCGUCAGGUUAUGGUAUUUGUGGACCGGUUCUCUAAAUAUGCAGAGUUCAUCCCCUUACCAGCUGAGGCUCGCAUUCCGGCCGUUCAGGCGGCAUUUGCUGACAGGUGGUUUACACAUCAUGGACCACCCACCUCUAUCAUCAGUGACCGAGAUCCUCGCUUUUGCAGCAAUGAGUGGCAAUCCUACUGCAGGGAUUACCUUCAUUCCAGAUUAGAUAUGACAUAUGGUCGUCAUCCUGAAGCCAAUGGACAGGCUGAAGUGAUCAACCAGAUUUUGUUCCAAUUGCUGCGUCCUGUGAUCAAUCCAGAUCAGCAGGACUGGGAUCUCCAUUUGGGUCGUGCACAACUUGUGUAUAACACAUUUGUACACUCCUCUACUGGCUUCACACCCUACCGGUUGCACUGGGGUCGUGAGCCGCGGCAGCCUCUCGAUGACAUCAUCGAUAAGGCUAGCCCUACGCUGACACCUGGAACUGCAGAGUUCACCAGGCGUUACCGUGUGGACAUAGAGCGCACCCGUGCCAACCUGCUGAAAGCCCAAAAGGCUAUGAUUCAGCAGGCUAACAAGCACAACUGUCCUUCUACUAUUAGCACAGGUGGCCUUUCCGAUUUGAAUGCGGAUAUAGAGCAAAGGAGCGUCGGUCUCAACUUGCCUUUGGGUGGCGUACUCGUGAUCAAUCUUCGCAAGAUAGGAGCGGAGAUCAGCUACUCCAUUGUCCGUCAACGGAGCUGGUCCGGAACUAGCACCACCCCCUACAGCAAGGAGGGAGAGGAGAGAGUUGCCGCUAUUCUGCGAGAGAAGAAGGAGAGAAUGGAGAAGAGGGAGUUAAUCAAGCAGGCCAAGAUGUUGGCCCUGGUGGAGGAGCAGGAAGCAAAGAAGAAGCAAAUGGAGGAAGAGCUGCAGAAGUGGACGAAGGAGAAGGAGGAGAAGAUGGCGGCUAUACAAGCGAAGCUGGAGAAAGAAGAAGAAGAAGCAGAGGUAGAAGAAGAAGAGUCGUUGGAAAGAAGAAGAGGUGAAGCCAGUACAAGCAAAGAGGAGCCAGUAGAAAGGAUGACGCAAGAAUGGGCUGCACAUCUGGAAUUGGGAGAAGAUAGAGAAGCAGAGUUGGCCAUACCUCAAGUAGAGAAAGUAGCAGCAAGAACAGAGUUGGAAGCAGAAAGGGACCCUGUGAGGAGAAGGGCGAAGGAGGAGGAACAGCAGAGGGCAUGGAAGUGGCGCUUGUCCCAAAAGAAAGUUAGGCGUUUGGAGACGGGAGAGAAAGCAGAAAGGGAUUUAAAGGCGGCAGAGGCUCGAAUGGGGAAAAUCAGGGAAGAAACCGAGAUAGCUACUAAACUCGAGACCCUGACACAAAGUGUGCCCGGAGAAGAAGUGGGUUGUGAAGAAGACAGCGGCCAUAGCGAACCAGCGAGAGAGACACCAUCGGCAUCCGAUUCCCUCGACCGGACGAUUGCCAUCGAUUCGGCCGCUUCGCCGCAAUCUAUCGCCGGGGAUUUGACGUCAUGGUCAAGACCAUCGACAUCACCAUCGGCAACCGAUUCGGCAGCUUCGCCGCAAUCUAUCGCCGGGGAUUCGACGUCCUGGUCAAGACUUAAUGAGCUCGACCCGUUGACGUUCACGGACUUCCAGUGGAUGCCCGUUCCCUCGACCGGACGAUUGCCGAAACCGCAUUGCAAUGUGCUCAUGGCACAAUUGCGGGACUACUUGCACAUUGCAGUACCAACUCCGUUGAUGGACGCCGGAUUAGAGGUUGUCGACCUUCUCGCGUACAUCGCGAAGAUCGACCGCGAGUUCAAGACGCAAUGGUACGACGACAUCAACGCACCAUUGCUAUACAUACGCAUUCAGAUCGGAGAGGCGACCUGCAAUGCCUUGAUCGAUUGCGGAGCAUCUCGCAACUACAUCAGCCAGGACUUCAUGACGAUCAGGAACACCGGCCCUCUCCCAUGCAUCGACGACCUUCUCGAGCGAUUGGGCGGCGCCCAGUUCUUCUCUAAGCUGGAUCUCAAGUCAGGGUACCACCARCUCGAGAUUCGCAAGGAGGAUCGCUACAAGACCGCGUUCAAGACACGGUAUGGGCAUUUCGAAUGGYUGSUCAUGCCAUUUGACCUUACGAAUGCCCCAGCCACUUUCCAAGCRGCUAUGACGACGGAGUUCCGACAYAUGCUGGAUCGUUUCGUACUUAUCUACCUCGACGACAUUYUGGUUUACAGCCGGAGUCYGGACGAGCAUGUGGAACAYBUGCGCACCGUUUUGGAGYGGCUACGACAGGCCAAGUACAAAGCAAACCGCGACAAGUGCGAGUUCGCACARYAGGAGCUGGAGUACUUGGGACACUAUGUGACGCCGCAAGGCAUCCGUCCGCUUGCGGACAAGAUCGAGGCCCUACGAGUAUGGCCCGAGMCCACCAACACCACKGACGUUCRUUCAUUCAUGGGGUUGGCGGGCUACUWUCAGCGAUUCRUCACCGGAUACUCCAGGAUUGYUGCACCUAUGACGAGGUUACAAUCGCCAAAGGUGCCAUUCGUAUUCGAUGACGACGCACGCUGGUCAUUCCAAGCACUUAAGACGGCUAUGCUCAUGGCACCCGUCCUUAGCAUUUAUGACCCCACCCUGCCCACACGAGUGACUACGGACGCUUCUGGCUAUGGCAUUGGGGCAGUCUUGGAACAGCACGACGGGGACGACUGGCAACCUGUGGAGUAUUUCAGCCACAAAGUGCCUCCCAUCAACUCGCUUGAUGAUGCAAGGAAGAAGGAGCUGCUCGCAUUCGUGAUGGCUCUCAAGCGUUGGCGGCACUUCCUCCUUGGGCGUCGUAGGUUCACAUGGGUCACAGACAACAAUCCAUUGACCUACUACAAGACGUUGGACACGAUGAGCAGCACGAUCGGACGAUGGAUGGAAUUGCUAACUCAAGCCCGCGCAAAUAUGCAAAAGGCUCAAGUCCGCAUGCAGCAGCAAGCCAACAGGGGUCGUGUACCAUGUCCCAUCCGCGCCGGUGAUCUGGUUUGGGUCUCCGCGGAAGAGUUUGCACUAGAACAGGAUGUUUCACGCAAACUGCUUACCAAGUGGUUUGGACCUUGGUCUGUGACAGCAGCCGCGGGCGAUGAGCCCGAUGACCCUUCAUUUGUGAUCAACAUUCCAGAGCAUCUGACGGUCCAUCCGGUCUUCCACACCUCAAAGUUGGCAACAUACACGCUAGCCAAGAGCGACGACUUUCCGGACCGACGAUCGCAGGACUCUCCUUCUAUGGAUGGCCAUCAGGAAGUUGACCGCGUCAUCUCCGAUCGCAAGUACGACAGCAAGCCGCGGCAAUACAAAGUCACAUUCAAAGCAUGCGAUUGCGACGACACUUGGUGGAUUUCAGGCGCAGAUUUCAAAGCAUCCGCACCGCUGAUCUACGCGCAUUAUGAAAAGUGGAGCAGUGCACCCUCUAGCCGCCAACUGGAGGAACGCGUUGACCACAUCCUGGCAAUGCUCGGCAACAUUAACACCUUCGCUGCACCGUCCACCAUCAGCACUCAGCUGCAUACCUUGAAGACCGAGGUCCAACAGCUGCAGUCGACGAACGCAGAUGGCAAUCAGAAGAUGCCAACUUUCCAACUGGAAAAGUUCGACGACUACACGCAGCAGGAUCCGACCCUCUGGUGGGAGGCAUUCACGACGCAACUCAGGAUUCUGCCUGUCGCUAAGCACAAGUACAUAGGCGCCUUGUUCCUGAACUCAAAGGGCGGAUGCCAGACCUGGUUGACCCACCUGGCAACCUCCCACGGCGUCGACGUACCGGACCUCAAGGACAAGAUCACAUGGGAAGAACUGACACGGCUGUGGAAGAAGCGGUUCAUCGUCGACGACGCGCGGACACUCGCCAUCAACCGUUUGUUCACCAUGUCACAGGGCAACACUGCAACACGAGAUUGGCUCACAGAGUGGCAGAAGAUUGCGGCAGUGCCCAAUCUGGACCUGCCUUUCACUCAUCUCAGGCGUGAGUUCUACAACAAGUCCUGUGCUGCAUUGAGCCAGGCUGUUGGUGAUCGCGAGCAGUACGCCACCUUCGCCGAGAUUAUCGACAAGGCGCGAGAGAUCAUCAAGACCAACAGGAUUGCUGCACCUAUGACGAGGUUACAAUCGCCAAAGGUGCCAUUCGUAUUCGAUGACGACGCACGCUGGUCAUUCCAAGCACUUAAGACGGCUAUGCUCAUGGCACCCGUCCUUAGCAUCUAUGACCCCACCCUGUCGACGCCAGUGACUACGGACGCUUCUGGCUAUGGCAUUGGGGCAGUCUUGGAACAGCACGACGGCGAUGAUUGGCAGCCUAUGGAGUAUUUCAGCCACAAAGUGCCUCCCAUCAACUCGCUUGAUGAUGCAAGGAAGAAGGAGCUGCUCGCAUUCGUGAUGGCUCUCAAGCGCUGGCGGCACUUCCUCCUUGGGCGUCGUAGGUUCACAUGGGUCACAGACAACAAUCCAUUGACCUACUACAAGACGUUGGACACGAUGAGCAGCACGAUCGGACGAUGGAUGUACUUCAUUGACCAAUUUGACUUCACACCGAAACAUGUCCCCGACCUCUCCAAUCGCGCAGCAAAUGCAUUCUCGCGAAGACCUGAUCUUUGCGCUAUGUCACAUCAUGCCUUCGCAUUCGACGAGGAGCUUCAGCGACACUUCAUCCGGGCAUAUCAGUCUGAUCCGGACUUCGGCACGCUCUAUGCACAGCUAUCUUGGGAUCACCCGCCGGCCAGCCAUUUCCGCAUUGCCGACGGGUACUUGCUCCUGCACUCGAGAGGCAAGGACUUACUAUGUGUCCCACGAGACCGUCGUCUUCGGAUUCGCCUCCUCGGCGAGUAUCAUGAUUCACGACUCGACGGCCAUUUCGGAGUCAACCGCACUAUUGCAGGGCUUCGACAGCGAUUCCGAUGGCCCGACCUCAUUACCGAUGUCACUCGGUAUUGCGACUCUUGCGAAGUUUGCCGACGCAGCAAGCCCCGCAACCGCAAUCCCUAAGGCGAGUCACACCCGAUGCCUAUCUUACGGGAACCCGGUCUCUCAAUUGCCAUGGACGUCACCGGUCCGUUUCCUCGCGACCGGCUCGGGCCCGACGGCAUCCUCACGGUGGUGGACCGAUUGAGUAAGUACGCGCGUUUUCUCUUUUGCAAGUACUACUCCACGGCUCCCGAGCUGGCACGCCUCCUGCACACUGGUUGGAUUUGUGGCAACGGUGUACCAGAAGACAUUGUCAGCGACCGCGACACUCGUUUCAUGUCGGCGUUUUGGACUGCUCUCAUGCAGGAGUCCGGCACAACAAUGAAACCAAGUUCGGCUC